AUGGUUAUGGCGCAGGAUCAGGAUAAUCCCUUGCAGACCGCCUCUCCACCGCGCAAACGUCGCCGGCCACCCAAGUCCUGUGAUCCGUGUCGUCGUCGCAAAGUCCGUUGUGACCGGGAAUUCCCUUGUGGCCAAUGUGAGCGUGCCAGAACUUCGCUACAGUGUUUUUACCGCCCUGCGGUCGCUGUCAGCAGCCCCUCCGGUGGUGAAUUAUCCCAAUUCACGGCUCCUUGCGUGCUGGAGGAACUUACGCCUCCUUCCCAAGCCAUUGACCCGCAGACACAUGGCCGUCCGCCUGCACCCACGUCGCAAUCACAGCCUCAGGACCAUGAUCAGUAUCAGAACAAGAUUGUCCAAGAUUUGCAGCGCCGUCUUCGGCGGUUGGAAGAACGGCUUCCUGUCCCUCCGGUAUCUCGAGCCACGACCGGUCCCAAUCCCAGCGUCACUCAGACCCAGGCUCUGCGACAUCUUCAUGACCGUGUCCUCGGGGCCGAAGAACAGCUGUCUGAUGCAUCCCGUCCCAGCCCUUCUGUCAACGGAUGGGCCAUUCCGGCCACUCUGCCUCGUCUGCGUGUCACCCCUGACAAGACGAAGCUAUUUGGCCCUAGUCACUGGUUACAUACCGCCGAGAAAUUUCAAGUCCUUGGCAAAUUUGACGCCAAAGAAGUAGAGCCGUCGCUGCAGGAUGUGGAUGCCAGAUCGGAGUUCGCCAGCAUCUUUAAGGACUGUCGGCAUCUCCGACAGGCCAUCAAGGCCCAAGAGUCGGUUCGCCUCAACCAUCCGGUUCCAGACUUGCUGAGCACGCUCCCAAGCCGAGCAGUGUGCGAUGUUCUGGUUGAUGCCUAUCUCCGCACAUUCGAGCUGAUCUACAGGAUUGUUCACAUCCCAUCCUUCUGGGAAGAGUAUCGUCUGUUGUGGGCCCAGCCGCAGUCGACGUCAACCCACUUCCUAAUGAAAUUGGUCUUGAUCCUCGCCCUGGGUACCACCUUCUACCCCGAUCGAAGCAAUAGGGUGCACCUCCGCCGUCUCGCACAAACAUGGAUCUAUGCCACACAAUGGUGGCUAGUCGGACCAUCGGAAAAGUCGACCAUUAAUCUAGAUGGUCUGCAAGUCGGGUGUCUCUUAUUGCUGGCCCGCCAGACGAAUAGCCUUCCGGGCACGAGCUGGGUCUCUGCGGGGUCCGUGCUGCGUAUGGCCAUGGCGAUAGGACUGCACCGCACUCCCGACCUCUUUCCCGCGCUGUCCGUGUACCAGUCCGAAAUGCGAGACCGACUCUGGGCGACAGUACUAGAACUGACUUUAAUGUCGUCGCUGGAUGCCGCCAUGCCCUUACCGUUCGCCCUACAGGACAUUGACCGCACUGCGCCGUCGAAUCUGGACGACGAGCAGUUCGACGCCGAGACCGAGACGCUUCCCACUCCGCAGUCGAGUCAGCACUUUAGCGACUCGGCUGUUCAGAUUCUGUUGCUCAAGUCUCUUCCCGUGCGAGUGGAAGCAGUCCGGCUUGUGAAUAACCAGCACCGCCAGGAACUGUCAUACGAAACCGCGUUGAGGCUGGGAAAUGAACUGCGCUCGGCGUGCCGCGAUGUUGCCGCUUUGUUCCAGACCCGUCAGAAUCAGCCGAGAAAUGCGGACCGCACUCUGACCAUGACCAACUUUCAUCUCCGGUUUCUCGACACGUAUCUACGUCGAUAUAUCUUGUUCCUGCAUCGCCCGUUCAUGAUCCAGGCUCGCAAAGAUCCACGAUUCUACCUAUCCCGGAAGGUGUGUCUGGAGUCCUGUAUCGUGGUUGCAUCUUAUGCCGAUCAACUCAAUCUACCGUCGGACACCUUGGAUGACCUCUCUCACCUGACCAUUGUAGGCAGAAGUUCCUUUAAAGGAGCCUUGAGUUUCGAUGUGAUAACCUCCCUGGGGCUGGAAAUCGUCACGCAACUCGAGGAGGAGGCUUCUACGCGGGCCUUGGGAUCUUCUCCCCCGUUUGUGACCGAUUCACUGGAUGAAAUGGCCAAGGCUCAUCGAGCACCCUUGAUCCGUAGCCUAGAACACAUCCAGGAACAGCUACUGCAGAUCAUCGCUCUUGGAAAUCCCAGUCUGAAGCGAUACAACUUCCUGUCCGCCAUUUUGAGUCAGAUCCGUGCAAUGGAGUCGGGCCAGCCGAUCCAACCCGCCAUUUACGAGAGCAUUAAAGAAAGCCUCAAGAAAUGUUAUAUCUUGCUGCAGGCCUCUCACGCAGCCAGUUCGCCGCAGGCAUCGGUAGAGUCGCUGACUAUGGGGACAGACAGUCCUCUGGGGUUUGAUUUGGAUGCUUCAGACCCUGCCUUGGGAUUGGAAAUUCCCAGCUUACUGUUUUUCCCGGGCAUUAUGGAUACGUCGAGCAUCGAGUGGCAAGGCAUAGACGUAAACAAACAAUGCUAA